CGAGGAAUGAGUCCAGCACAGCUUCAGUACGAGUCUCGAUGGUUUCACGGACCGAAAUGGUUGAUGUUGGACAACCAGUACUGGCCCAAUUCGGCACAGAUCGACGAAGGCAGUCUCGACCAGGCAGACUUAGAGGAAAAAGCGAUUAUCGCGGCCCUCCCCGCCGUUUCCCCUAGUGAGAUCUUCGGACUUCGUUCAUCGCUGGUGGAUCUAGUUCGGCUGACUGUUCACAUUCGACGGUUCAAGUGGAAUACAUCGCCGGCGAAUCGGUCCUGUCGGAAAGUAGGCUGCAUCACUUCCCAGGAGUACGACGACGCAGUUAAGGAGCUGGUGAAGCUAUCGCAGCGGGAAAGCUUUCCACAGGAGUUCGCGGACAUCGCUCGGCACGGGCAGGUGCAGGAUUCCUCUAGAAUAUCGAACCUCAAUCCCCAAUUAGUUGAAGGCGUAUUGUGCGUUGGCGGCCGGCUGAAGAACGCGGAUGUUCCGGAUGGCAGGAAGCAUCCAUACAUACUCGACCAUCGGCAUCCCUUCACGAGAAUCGUCGUAGUUUAUUACCACCGGAAACACUUCCACGCUGGUCAACAGCAGAUCGUCACGGCAGUCCGAGAGCGAUUCUGGCCAACGAGCGCCAGGAAUCUCGCAAGGAAGGUUGUCCACGAAUGCGUGCAGUGCUUUCGUGCGAAACCGAAAAUUCAGCAGCAACUGAUGGCCGAUCUACCCCCCGAGCGAGUAAGGCCAUGUUUCCCGUUCCAGAAAGUUGGUGUCGAUUACUGCGGUCCGUUCCACGUGGUGUACCCGCAGCGUCGAGCCCGACCGAUCAAAUGCUUUGUAGCAGUGUACGUGUGCCUAGUUACCAAAGCGGUGCAUUUGGAGCUAGCGGCUGAUCUGUCAACGCAGGCAUUCCUCGCAACGUUACAUCGCUUCACUGCGCGUCGUGGCAAACCAUCGUUGAUAAUGUGCGACAACGGGACGAACUUCGUCGGCGCUCGACGAAAGCUGGAUGAGCUAGCCCAGCUGUUCGCAAGUCAGCAGUUCAUGGAUGCAGUGCUUCGGCAGACGAUAGAGGACAGGAUCGAGUUCCGGUUCAUUCCAGCCCGCUCACCGAACUUCGGAGGACUGUGGGAAUCGGCGGUGAAGUCGUUCAAGACCCUGUUCAAGCGAACGAUUGGCACCCGCAGCCUGGAAUACGACAGGAUGCAAACGGUGCUGGCACAGACAGAGGCAAUCUUGAAUUCAAGACCGCUGACCCCGAUCAGCAACGAUCCGGACGACUUCGAGGCCCUCACCCCUGGACACUUCUUGAUCCAGCGGCCGCUGACGGCCAUUCCGGGACCCGAUCUUGGUGGAGUUCCGGAGAACAGACUUUCGGCUUGGGAAAGAAUGACGGAGUUCACCCAGAGGUUGUGGAAGAAAUGGUCGGAGCAGUAUUUGUCCAACCUCCACAAUCGGACGAAAUGGACGAGGCAGAGGAACAACAUAGCUGUUGGCACUAUGGUUGUUUUGAAAGAGGAGAAUUUGCCACCCUUGAAGUGGCAGUUGGCACGGGUGACCGAGGUUCACCCUGGGUCUGACGGGAACAUCAGAGUUGUUACCGUGCGGACCAAAGAUGGCAGUUACCAGCGAGCGAUCUCCAAGAUCUGCGUGCUGCCAAUCCGAGACAACUUUCCAUCUGGUGAAGGGGAGAACUAGGACUCCUCCAACGGCGGAGGUCGAAAAGACCUCCGCAACCCCAGUUAAGUUAUGUAUUUGUUUGACUUUCGAAAAAGUAACCUCCUCAUUUUUCUCCAGAAAUGCCUCCCUGCCGUUUGGUGCAGCCAAACAAACGACACUCAAGUCAAAUUUUCAAAGUUGUCUUCCGUCCAUUGUCGUCCAAAUUGAGGUAAUAUGUGUCGUGUACGUUGGUGGUUGUUGCAUGUGCAUCGUUGCAUCCCGUCCAGUUUGUCUCGUCAGUCUAGCAAACGGCUAGAAGUCUGGUAGUAUUUUGUCUGUUCUGACACUAAAGUCACAAAACGUUUGAUGUUCCGAGAGACCACCAUCGUCACCCGAGCCACAGAGCCAGAAGUCCGAAUCGAAGUCCGUCAAGUCAAGCACAUCGUCAUCCGUUGAAGCGGCGCUCAAGUCGUCCAAGUCUGUCCAAGAAGUCCAUCAGAAUCGUCAUCAGUCGUCCAGGAAGUCAUCGUUGAAGUAGCCAGAAUCAUCGUCACGCCACCAGUCGUCCAAGGUCGAAGUCGCUGCAAUGCACCGAGGCCCGAAACAUUAAUCAACGUCAGGAAAAAUACAGUCCACACUUCGCCACCCACCCACCCCAUGGAGCACAUCGGUAGUCAACACGUUCUGGCAGACACCUACUCACCGUAUCGAACGGUCUCCAGUGCAGAAAUUUGUCUGCCAGGUAAGUUGUUCCGGUUUUACAAAUUUUACUACACGAUACUACAUCAUCAAUUUCCCAUCCAACCGAGGCACACCGAGAACAACAACAUCGAGCAACAACAAUCCUAUGAAGAGCAAUUGGCAGUCGACAGCCCGUCGGUGCCAAGUAUAUAGGCUCAUCAUCGUUGUCGUCAGCAGUAGCAGCAGCAGUGUAUAUAGUAUAUAAGCAAAAUUGAAUUUGUUCACGUUGUAAUUACUACCUAAGCUAGUUUUGAACACAAACGUUAGUAAGAGUAGGAGGUAUUGAAAUUGUUUGUAUUUCAAGGCGGCCGGCUUAUGGUAGAGCAAGGGAUAAAAUGAGUGACCGAACAUGUUCCACAGUCGUCGUACUGUUAGUCAUCCCGUUCUGCCACAUGUUUUGCCUUGGCCCGUUUCGUUCUGGGCAACGAUCGGAUCCGCAGGUAGCACUCAUACGCUUUACAUACGAUCGCCUCUCGAUCGCCGCCGCCGGUCAGCUGUUUACUGUAAAUACACAGAUUGAUUAGAUGGAAAUAUACCGCGCGAACACCUUU